GGUCCGCAGUCCGGAAGCGCAGCCGCGCUCCGGAGCUCGCGGGCGCCGCGUCCCGCCGCCGCCCUGCAGCCGCCGCCGCGCGUCUCCCCGGCGCGUCCGCGCGCUCCGGCCCAGCCCGCCCGGGGCGCCCGGCCGCCGCGGGCAGAGUCCCCGCCGCCGCCCCGCGGCGAUGGCCACCAAGAUCGACAAGGAGGCGUGCCGCGCGGCGUACAACCUGGUGCGCGACGACACCUCGGCCGUCAUCUGGGUGACUUUUAAGUACGACGGCGCCACCAUCGUCCCCGGCGAGCAGGGAGCCGAGUACCAGCACUUCAUCCAAGAGUGCACAGAUGACGUCCGGCUGUUCGCCUUCGUGCGCUUCACCACCGGGGACGCCAUGAGCAAGCGGUCCAAGUUCGCCCUCAUCACGUGGAUCGGCGAGAACGUCAGCGGGCUGCAGCGCGCCAAGACGGGGACGGACAAGACCCUGGUGAAGGAGGUCGUGCAGAAUUUCGCUAAAGAGUUUGUGAUCAGCGACCGCAAGGAGCUGGAGGAGGAUUUCAUCAAGAGCGAGCUGAAGAAGGCGGGCGGAGCCAACUACGACGCCCAGACGGAGUAGCCCCGCUCCUCGCCAGAGCCGCCCGCCUGCCCCCCGGGGAGAGGACCGCCGGCCUCAGCCACCAGCCCACCAGCCCACCCGGCAGAGGAGAAGCCAGGAGAGGCAGCGCCCGCCACCCUGUGCCCGCGCCCCAGACCCCUUCCCGCUUCCCCUCGAGCCCCGCUGCGUCCCACCUCAUGAAGCUCAUGGAAUGUCUUUCUUUGCUCUUUUUCUUUCUUCCCCUCCCUCUUUUUUGUUCUAAAGAAAAAUCAUUUUGAUGCCAAGGUCCUGCAUGUCAUCAGAUCGGAGGUGCCUGCGGCGGUGACCCCCUUUUCCUGGCAUUUCUCUUACACGCCACGAGGCCUGCCCCGUGGGCUUCACCGCGACCUCGUGUGGCUUCCGCAGCCGGGGCGCCACCUGGGGUUCCUGUGGCUCAGCCUCCCGGGCACCACUGGGGCGCUGCGCCUGCGACCCGCAGCCUUCAUAAGCACACGCAUCUAUCCCACGGGGCCGCCGCAGACCUCCAGGGUCACCCGCCCCCACUCAGCGUGGCCUACGCUACCUGUUCCACAGCAGCGGCAGAAUUGCUGGGUGGUGACAAGUGCAGGUCUGGCCCAGACCGAAUAAAAUAAAAUUUGCCUUAAAACUUGCCUGGCAGGGGCUUUGCUGCAUGGUCUGAAACCCUCCGCCCCCGGUCCCACCCUUGUGACUGAGAUUUCCUUGUGGCUUGGAAAAGAGGCAAAGUCUGAGUCCAGAGUGGACAGGAGGAGUGUUUCAGGGAUAACCUCAGGGGCUCCCAAAGUGACAAGAUGCUAGGGAGAGAGGCCCAGGGUGGGAGCAGGGGUUUAGGUAGAACUGAGAACCCUUACCUUCAGCGAGGUCCCUGCGAGCAGCGGGGACGGGCGGCCCGAGGGCUGCCCCGGCCGCCCGGAGUCUGCGGUUUCCAUCCUAGGCCUGCACCACACAUGCAAAAGGAUUUGUUCUGUCUCUAAAGAAAGAUGAGGUUGGCUUGGUUCUUCAUGAGCGCAUUUUAUAUAGUUCUUUUUCUUUCUCUUUUUUUUUUUUUCCUUGCUCGUUUCAUUUCGGGGAAGAAAUCUGUACUGUAUUGGGGUUGUGAGGAACAUCUCUGCACUCAAAACAGUUUACAGAAAUAAAUGUGUUUUUUUUUGUUUUUCAAAAA